ACCUCAUUAACUUUUUUUGCCCAAACCAGAAUCUGGGUUCGAUCACAUCAACUAUCAACACUCACUUGAGAAAAUCAUCUCCCCAGUCUGGGAAAAAAAUUGACAUUUGUCUGUUGUUUGAAGAGCAGUUUCUGUUAAACCAUCAUCUGAAAUCGAAGUUGAAGAAGAUGUUUCUCUGGUAUAUAUCUCAACAGUCUAAUGAUUAAUUCAAGUACCAACACUACCUACCUGCUUUUAUCUUCGCAGGAACUCACCCAACUAGGGGAAGUAGCUCCAUCACCAGCAGGUUUUUCUUUUCUUUUUCUGCUCUCGUGCAAUGAGUUUAUUUUGCUCAUGGCGCGUCCUGUCUUCUCAUAUCCCCAGCUAGCCGAGCUAGGGCAUCUUCAUUUCAAGGUCAGGGGAAAAUGGACAAAGACUGAUCCCAUGAUUCUUGCAAAAUAUGUGACUGCAUUGUUAAAGAAAAAGAUAGAUACUACCUAUGGAAGAGUUAAAAUAACUUUGUGCUGAAAAUCUGGUGAAUUAUCUGGGAAAUGGUACGUUUUCUUCUGUAACAUUAUUGCUUCCGGGAUUCAUUCUUUUAUAUAAAUUUUGAUAGCUCAAACUAUGACAUGUUGCAGUUGGAAUACCCAAUAAGGUUAUGUUCAUAUUGGGUUGUUCCUAUCUUGCUUGUUGUAGGCUCAGAGUUGUUAUUUCGGGAUUGUUCAAAGCCAUCGCAUUACCUGAAAAAUUGGAUGUUGUUGAGCAAGUUGGUGUUUAUCUCACUACAAAGGAUCUGUCUCAACCACCCGUACUGCAUCUAUGAAGAUACAAAUCAUACAAUGUUCUUCUUCUGAUCAUAAUUUAGAGAAACAAGUUGGAUGAUGAUUGCCAAUGUAACAAUGUAAGAGGGAGAUCCAUUCUCAGUCUAAAGAACCUAAUGGGGAUGUUGAUCGCAAACUUGCAUUGUAGAAAAGAGACCCAUUCACAGUCUAAAGAAGCUCACAAGGCUGAUGAUUGCAAACUUUAAGUAUUGCAGGGAAGAGACCCUUUCUCUAAGAAGCUCGUGAAGAUGAUGCUCGCAAACCUAAGCAAUGUAGGAAAGAGACUCAUUCUCAGUCUGAAGAGGCUCUCUAGGAUAAUGCUGUGCCUUGACUUGGUAAGAUCAAGCAUAGAGUCAGACAUUUGGUUCAUGGUGGAAGCUGGCGAAUGAUUGGAUGCUGCUGGAAUAGUCGUGCUGAAAUGGAAAAUUUUGAAAUUUUCUCACUUUUGGGAACUGCUACACAUCCUGCGGGUUAUCCUAACAGAAAGAAUGGGACGGGAUCCCUCCCAACCCCGUGGUUUGGAAGGAGGGUGGUUUAGUGUGGGUCCCACCCUCACUCUCUAUAACCGGGGGGAUAUAAAUCAUUUUCAGUUUUUCUCAACAUAGACUUCAGAAGAGCGUCUCGGCUUGGGUUUUGUUCUUACUUUAGAAACUGUAUCAAAAUAAUAUCAGUAUUUUAUUUUGA